ACGAGUCUCACUCAGGCAACCAUCUGCUGCUUUACCUAAAUCCGGAGAUUUGGCCGAGCCGCGCAAAUAUCUGUCAUUCUCCCAGAGUGCCCUCACGAGGUGUUAUCCUUCAUCAGCUCUGCUGAAUAGACCAGUAAACACCGAUCUGCUCUCUAAAACCGCAGGAGUUGGGAUGUUCACUCGUACUGAAACGGGCAGGUGGGCGCUGGAAGUUAGACGAGCGAGCACAGAGGAGCUUCAGUGCGGAGAUCAGCCAACCUAAAUUAAGGCUACAAUUAUCCUACUAGACCCUGGAGGGAUGUGUCGUAGACAGGAGGAAUUAAUGAAGGAGCAAAGCGAUUAAAAACAUUCGGGUCUUGUCUCAAGACAUGCUCGUCGUCUUUCUGAGCACGAUGUUAGAGGACAUCGAGCAGAAGUAAAGAACUGCGAGCUGACAUGGACAGAGACUUGGAGAGCUAUGAUAACGCUGCCAUGCAGAUCUCGUGAGGGGAAGCGGGUUUUUGGAAGUGUGAUUUCUAAAUGUGACUUAAAUGCAUCUUCAACAACCACUGAGCCCAACAUACUGUAGAUACCAACCUGAAAAUAUCUGGUUAUGAGAACUGGCACCACAAAAGUCCCUUGGAAGGAGGUAAGAUGUUCGUGGAUCUGUGUGGCCGGCAGGGCGCAUGGACAGUCCUGCUGUUGUGGUUCACAAACCUAUCAGCUGCAGACCUCACCUGUCCGCAGAAAUGCACUUGUUACCUUGACACUUUAGAGGUCAACUGCUCCUCAAGACACCUGACAGGUGUGCCUGAGGGGUUACCAAACAAUGCCAAACGCUUAGAUCUUUCAAGAAACCAGCUGAAAACGCUGGCCAGGCGUCAGUUCUCCAGCCUGUCAAAGCUAGAGGACCUUGACCUAAGUGAGAAUAUAAUCUCUAUGAUUGAGGUGGAAACAUUUCAGGGGCUAAAGAACCUGCGAUACUUGACGAUUAAAAACAACCGUCUCAAGAUCCUACCGGUUGGGGUCUUCUCUGGACUCUCCAACCUUCAACGUCUGGAUAUCAGUGAUAAUGAGAUCCUGGUUUUUCUGGAUUACACAUUUCGGGACAUGAUUAAUCUACAGCUGCUCGAUGCAGGAGAAAAUGACCUGGUGUUUAUCUCGCAACGGGCAUUUGUUGGGCUUCAGGCGCUGAAGGAGUUGAACGUAGACCGCAGUAAUUUGACCUCCAUCCCCACCGAGGCUCUGUCGCAACUUCAGAGCUUGACCAAGCUGCGUCUGCGCAAGCUGACCAUAAAUGUCCUGCCCAACAAUGCCUUUCGCCGACUCCACCAACUGCGCACCUUGCAGAUCCUCCACUGGCCUUCUCUCGAGACGCUAAAUAGCAACAGCUUGGUAGGUCUGAACCUUACCACCUUAAUUUUAAGCAACUGCAAUCUCAGCGCCGUACCUUAUGCUGCACUGCGUCCUCUCACCUACCUGCAGUACCUUGACUUGUCCUACAACCCCAUCACCUCCAUACAGGCCAACCUUCUUGGGGAGCUUCUGCGGCUCCAACAGUUGCACCUGGUAGGUGGAAAACUGCUACGUAUUGAGCCAGGUGCCUUCAGGGGUCUGGUCCACUUUCGUCUGCUCAAUGUGUCCUCGAAUCGUCUGUCCACAUUGGAAGAAGGCGUCUUCCACUCCGUGGGGAACUUGCAGACACUGAGGCUGGACAGAAACCCAUUGGCUUGCGACUGCAGGUUACUCUGGGUCAUGCGACGGCGGCGGCGGCUGGAUUUCGAUGGCCGCCAACCCACCUGUUCGCCUCUAAAUCAACACAAGAAGGCUUUUCGUGACUUUUCAGAAGCUGAUCUCCCGGUUAUAUUUACUUGCAGGCGAGCGCAGAUUCUGAACCGGCAGCAGCAGGAUGCGAGCGUUGUGGAGGGCAUGAGUGUACGGUUUGACUGCAAAGCAGACGGCUAUCCAUCACCUUCUAUUACUUGGCUGUCAGCCCAGCAGACUGCACUUAGCUCUGUCGGGAGAGUACGAGUGCUUGCUAAUGGGAGCUUGGAGGUGCGUUACACCCAAGUACAGGACAGUGGAACGUAUCUAUGCACUGCAUCUAAUGCAGCAGGCAACGACAGCGUCUCAGUGAGUCUGCAAGUGGAGGGGCUUCCACAAAACCGCACAGUGUCAUAUUUCUCAGACGAGGGAUGGAUGGAAACUUCAUUACCUCCUUCUACUAACUCCUCUGCAAGGGUGUCAAGUCCUUACCCGUUUGAUGCAAAAACACUUAUCAUUGCUACCACCAUGGGAUUUCUCUCUUUCCUGAGCUCUGUGGCGAUCUGUUUUGUGUUUAUGUUCUUCUGGAGUCAGAGCAAAGGUCAGAUUAAACACACUGCCACUAUAGACUUUGUGCCACGAUCAUCCAUGGGUGGAGGUGGAGAUGGUGGGGACACUGGGAGAUUCACAAUGAAGCUUAUUUGAGCUGGAAUAGAGAAUUCAUGGCCAUGGUUACAAUUAGUUAAGCCUUUAAAACUGUGGUAAAUAUUAUAGUGGAGCAACUGCUCAUCAUUCAUAAUGCAGCUCGACAACACAGCAAGGUACAAAGCCUUACAGUAACAUAACAAGUCUGAUCUGAUUGACAACCAUGUAAAUAGGCAUAGGAACUCAACUUCAAUAAAUAUUAAUAAUCUCAUUCAUAUUUUGCGGGCCUGAUUGACAUUAAUAUAACUAGGUAUAGUAACAUAACUCUUUAUUAUUAUAACAUUUUAGGGGAGAAAUAAGGUAGACAAUAGAUAUAAUUGGUAAUACAUUUCUGUAAUAUUGAUAAGCAAUGCCAAAGUAUGAAUUGAAAAACAAUUGAAGAAUAAUUAAUACUCUUAUUGUCAGAUAGUAAUAAUUCAUUAUUAAAUAAUUAGAUAACUGUUGGAUAUUGUUGUGGUGUGCCCUUGAUUUGGUGUGUUAUUGCUCGAUUUUUUUAGGCUCUCAGCUCUUAGUAUAAUGAAUGAAAUCUCUUCCUAUGAGAGGGUUCUGAUACAGUUAGCCUUUAGAGAUAUUCAUUUCACUGCCAAAUUAAACCAGAGCAGGCCAUGCGAUGAUGCAUCUGACAGCUGUUACAAUGCAUUUUUAGAUACUGUAACUUUUUGUUGCAUAAAUAUAUAACCCAUAGAAAUAUGUAUGUUGCUAUAGAAGUCUUAACGGCCUAUAAACGUCUAUUGUAGUUUGUAUCAUUAUAACAGGAAAUAAGUAAUACAUUUUUAAAAAGAGAAGGAUUUAAAUGGAUAAGUUAAUGAUUGAAACGCAUUAUUGUAUUACAUAUUGUGUGUGAUAUUGUACAUUACAGAUGUUAUUCUUAUAGGUUGCAGUGAAAUUACAAACAUUUUGCAGGGUCAUACAUAAAUGUCUUUUGUGACUUUUUUUAACAACAUCAAGUAAAAUGGCUAUGCGCAAAUGUCAUGACCACACAUGGUUGUUUCCCUAAGAUGCUUUGCAAUUUAUGUAAUGUAUCUAAGUUAUAUUUCCAAAUUUUGAUGUUUUUGCUAAUGCAUUUGUAAAUGAUCAUGUUUUGCAAUGGAUUAUUAAAGACUAUGCAAGUCUGCUUGUUCAGAAAA